AUGGACAAGCGACUUGGAAGAGGGACUCUGGGUCUGAGUGGAUCGAAUACAACCCAGUUUCGAGAAUAUCGUGGAGUGGAAAAAUUCCCCAUGGGUCUCCAAAAACCUGGAACAAGACGAGAAACUUACCCCUCCAGAUCAAUGCCGUCCAAUCUCAUGCCACAAGCGCCAGAUGCACCAAAUUCGCGAUCCACUGACGUGCGCAGGCGGGGUCUGGCGGGGUCGUUCCUUUAUUUGCUUUGUCUAAGCCAGGGACUCUCUGGUUGGCUCAGCCUGGAUGUGGGUUACGGUGAGGUUGAAGCGUCCCACUACUGGCACCAGAACAAGACGAGGGGACCCUUGUUCUUUAGCGCGUUAAAUGAUGCGGGCGAUAAUCUUGGAAACUUUUUUGUCGAGAUGAAGAUCAACCCCAAAUCUGGACUCCAACUUGGAGGCUUUGUCCUCUUCAUGAAGGGUCCAUUGGUGCCCGCCACCAAACGUCUGACAGUUGUGACUAAUAUGAGAGUCCGUGAACUAAAGGAGCCACAGAAGGGCCGUGCCAUCCAUCUCCUCGAGUUAAAAGCUUGGUGUAAGCGGUACACUGAGCAUCUCGAUGCCGCAACUCCAUAUCCGAUGCUCGGUUUUAUGUUUGUCCCAGGCGCUGGUGAAACAUGGUCACACGCAAUCAUCCUCCCUAUCGAACCUUUGACGGGAUCCGAAAAAACAUGGAUCAAAGUCAUGAUGUGUGUGCAGGCUACGGGUGGCUCGGAGCAAAAGACAAUAGUCUAG